UCUCUAUAUCUCUCCAUAAACUCCCCAAAGGGCCAAGCUUUUGAGAUCUCCUUAGUCCUUCUUCCCCUCCCUACAAAAGGGGCAUCUUCCUUCCUCUUAACGGCGCCGUUUGAACGCCGUUACGAGGAACGCGGGAUAAAGGGGAACGCCGUUAGGCCAGAAUGGGGAACGGGGGGCCAGAUGGGGAGGGCUUGACCGCUGGGUCACAGUCGGGGAACGGCGGGGAGGAGAAUAAGCCACCGAGGCUGCCCCGGUGGACGAGGCAGGAGAUCCUGGUGUUGAUCCAGGGGAAGAGGGACGCCGAAGGGAGGGGGCGGAGGGGAGGAGGAGGCGGCGCCGGCGGCGUGGAGCCGAAAUGGGCGGCGAUAUCGGCGUACUGCAGGCGGCACGGAGUGGACCGGGGGCCGGUGCAGUGCCGGAAGCGGUGGAGCAACCUCGCCGGGGACUACAGGAAGAUAAAGGAGUGGGAGAGGAGGGGAGGGGAGAGUUUUUGGGUGAUCCGGAACGACGCCAGGAGGGAGCGGCGGCUGCCGGGGUUCUUUGAUAGGGAGGUGUACGACAUGCUCGACGGUGGCGCCGCCGCUGCGAAGGCGGCGGUGGUGCCGGUGCCGAUGGAGACGAUAUUUGACAGCGGGAGGCCUGCUGCGGCGGAUGAGGGUUUGUUCUCCGAUUUUGAGGCGUCCGGGCAUGAGGACGCGGAAGAUGGUAGCCCUGAGGCGACUCCACUGACGCAGGUUAAGGUCGAGAGCCCGCCAUCGCCGACGCCGGCCGUGCCGAUUAGUUCUGGAAAUCAUCUUCAACCAUCUUUCUUGAGGUGUUUUGAUCCAGGUGCUCCAGCAGAGCAACAAACGACCAUGAACCCUGAGAAAGGGUCCACAUCUCAGGCUGGACAAAAACGGAAACAGCCGAUCUCUGAGGAUGAUGGCGAGACAAAUGUACAGGAUAGAUUGAUUGAAAUUCUGGAAAGAAACAGCAGAAUGCUCACUGCCCAACUUGAGGCACAGAAUGUAAACUCCCAAUUAGACAGAAAUCAAAGGAAGGAUCACACUGACAACUUGGUUGAGGUUCUGGGCAAGCUCGCUGAUGCACUCGGCAGAAUUGCGGAUAAGUUGUAAUGCCUGCCAAAGCUGCCAACCUGUGACAUCCCAUUUUUAUGCUAGAAUUAGAACGCCCGCACCUGCACAUUAUUAUAAAGCUAUAUGCACAACAUCAAACUCCAGCUCAACAUAACGACUGGGGGUAAUGCUGCUGAGAACACCGUUUUCUCUCCUACUUGCAAGCCUCAGAAGCUGGGAUUAUCUGUAGAAAAGUCAAUAAGCUACUGGAAAAUGGAAAAUUAAUUGGUAAGUCCACUGUUCAAAGGUUGUAUUUAUAAUUUGCCAGCAUUGGUUCUAUUUUUGAAAUAAGGCGGCAUUAUUGUAAUGUUCAGGUUGAUUGGAGACGGAACAUUUUAGAUCUUAACAGGAUCUUUGUGGUUUUGUAAUA